AUGCCUGCAGCAAUGCUCGGUCUUCUCAAAGCGCACAGAAGACUGUCGACAUCCGCUUCACUAGUACAAGGAUGGAAGCGACUGAUAAGAUUCAUCGGUGAAGACGGAAGCAUCCAUCAGGGAGAGCCAAUUCUAUCAGAAAACAACCUCAAAUCAAUUGAUGGUCUCAAAGCCAAACUAAUUGAAGGAAAUAUAUUUGAUAACACUGCUAAAGUAACCGAUAACAUAGUUCCUAUCAGAAAGCUUUUAUCCCCACUCUCUGCGUCUCAAGUUCCGUUGAUCCGUUGCAUCGGACUAAACUAUAAAAAGCACGCGCUUGAAACUAAUCAACCCACACCGAAAUACCCGAUACUCUUCAUUAAACCAAGCACAGCAGUCCAGGAUCCGUUUGAACCCGUUCGUCUUCCCAAAAUCGCUGCCAACCACGUGGAUUAUGAGGCAGAAUUGGCUGUGGUGAUCAAAAAGGAAUGCAAAAAUGUGGAUAAGGAAAAGGCUUUAGAAUACGUUCUAGGAUAUACUGCAGGGAAUGAUGUUAGUGCUAGAGAAUGGCAAAAGACGCUUGGUGGCGGGCAAUGGUCUUUUUCAAAGGGUUUUGACACAUUUUCUCCGCUGGGUCCAAUGCUAGUCUCAACGACGGCGAUCACAAAUCCAAACAAUCUUCGUAUUAGGAUGAUCGUAAAUGAUGUGAAAGUGCAGGAUUCUAAUACAAGCGAUAUGGUAUUCGACGUAGCAUCUCUCGUUAGUUUCCUCAGUCAGAGUACUACGUUGCUGCCUGGGACUGUUAUUCUUACUGGUACUCCUGAAGGAGUCGGGUUUGCAAAAAAUCCACCGAUAUACCUCAAGGCUGGUGAUAAGAUGACGGUAGAGAUUGAGAAUAUUGGACAAUUGACGAAUUAUGUUGAGAACGAAAAGUGA